AUGCUGCUGCGGACGAGUAGCCUCGUACGUCGCACCAUCGAGCAAGAGGAAGCUCAAUGUGCACUCAAUCGUCAUGUGCUUACAGAAGUACAGAAUGUACUCAAUGAAAUGGUGUACGAUGUCGAGACAUGCGAGCAUGAAUGUGAACUUGUGAGACUGAAACUGCAACUCACUACUGCUGAGAGCGCAUUGGCCGAGUAUCAGGAGCGUGAGAGUGAGUUGCUACAGGAGAGGCAGCAGGCCUACGACUAUGCUGUUCAAGUGGAGCAAGAAGGUCGGACAAUCAUGAGUAAGCUGAAUGAACACUUGGGUGUGGUUGUCACGGAACUUGCCAAGAAAGAAGUAAUGGAAAAGGAGCUACAGCAGGCAAAAGAACAACUCAAAUUAAGUAGCCAUUUGUCAAAAGAACUGGCUGGUGCACAACGAGAGAUUCGAGAGCUUCGACGAGAAAUUGAUAUUCAGCAUAUUCUUAGAAGGAAUAAUUCUGUGCCGGCAAAUCUUGUGUCGGAGAGAAGGAUACCUUCACGAGAAAAUCAUGUUACAGUACGGACCACGUCGGUUCUGGAUGAAACGCCGUCUGCAAUGAUACAGAAAGAGAAUGUCUUCUCACCGCUUCCAGACAAAGUGAUGCUCAAGCUGUUUUCAUUUUUGGAUGAAGACAGCAUGAUCGCAAUUAGUGUCACUAAUCGAGUGCUAGUACGACGCGUGAAUUUCAUGUUUGGUGUGAAAACACCACCUAGUGUAGCAAACAGCGCUCCCCAUGCACCUGUUAAACAACCAUCGCUUGCACCACGAAAGCAGUUAAGGCUCAACUUCAUUGGGUCGUCACCGAAAGUUAAGCUUUCAAAGGUAGAUGCAAUCGUGAAAUCCUUAAAACCGGAUCAAGUCAAGCUCUUUCAUGACAUGUCAACCAGAGUGAAGACAUUGGAGGCCCACCUCACUCAGGUGCAGACCGAAAAGGAAGACAUAGCUGCACGGCUGUACAGUACCGAAAGUGUGCGUGAUUUUUUAAUGGAAAAGCUAAAGGACUUGGAAGACACGUUAGCUGAAACCAUGAAAACUACUACGAAGAAAGAUGAGCAGGCUUCUCUAGACCGCGAGAUUAUUGGCUUUCUCGAUGCAAAGACGCAGGAGUACGAAACUGCGUUAAAGGAAUUUGCACAACAAAACAAUAUUCUUCAAAUGGAUAUUGCUCAGCUUCAAGAGGAUCACACCACUAAAACAACGAUUAUCAAAGACAUGAACCAGCAUCUCGUUAUCGAGAAGGACCACUAUUUCACGCAACUCAAGCAACUUAAAAACGCCCUGCAACAUCUGGACGAACUUAGCUAA